AUGUCUUAUUACAACACCCGGCAGAUGCCCGGGUUCUAUGGCGAUCUCUCCACAGCCGGCGCCGGCGGCAUGCCCAUGCCGGGAUACGACCCGUAUGCGGUCAGCGCUGUUCCCCCACUCCAGAUGCCGCAGCCCGGCCCCGCGAUGGGUGGGCCUGUGGGCGGGCCUUUGCCGACACAACACCGGGCAUCAUCCGGGGCGUGGAACCAGGAGGACGACCGGACAUUGUUGGCGCUGCGGGCGAUGGGCAAGAACUGGAACCAGAUCCAAAGGGAAGCCUUCCAGGGCAAGACCGGCAACGCGUGCCGGAAGAGGCACGAGCGGUUGAUGGAACGCCGCGGACAAAACGACUUUGACAACCGGAAGCUGGAGCGUCUGUGCAAGGAAUACAUGAGCAUGCGCAAGGAGAUCUGGCAACCGCUUGCCUCGCGGUGCGGUGAGAAGUGGAACGUCGUUGAGAUGCAGUGCAUGUCCAACGGCCUCAAAAACAUCCAGUCCCACGCCCGCGCCUACGCGCGCCGCGAGCGCCUCGAAUCCGGGCAACCCCUCACCGCCUACGACGACGACGGCGGCCUCGGCUGCCUGACACCCGUGGACGACGUCGACGUCGCCGACCAGUCCUACAGCUCCCCAGAGACGGGCGGCUCCACCACGGGCGCGCACUCCACCCCCGGCGGCAGCUCCGGGUCGGGCGGGUCGGGCGGCUUCGCCACCAUGCACCCGCACCAGCACCAGCACCACCCGCAAGCCGCCGCGGCGGCCGCCGCCAGCUACCAGAGCUACGCCGGGUACGGGCAGCAGCAGCAGCACCACCACCACCAGCAGGCGCACCACGGGCACGGGUACAGCAACAGCGUGUCCAGCACGGGCACGGCGGGCGGGUACGGCGCCCCGCCGCAGCAGGUCGGCGGCGGCGCGUCCGGGUCGGGCAGCCAGGGCACCAGCCCCUACAUGGGGCAUGGCGGGCGGCUGCCCAGUGUUGGGGAUAUGGGCAUCGAUGCCAUUAUUAAUCGGGGGCAGGGCAGCUAA